GUGCAUGUUGCGCAGGGAGUUGGAUUUGGGGUUUGCAUACGUUUUGCCCUCUUUCUUGCCUUGUUUUUCCGCCCUGUUUUGUUGUUCUUGGGGGCCAACGGUUUUUCCUUUCCUUCUUCCUCUUCUUGAUGAGAGGUUCCUUCUGUUUUAGUGAUCUUGUCCUGGUAUUUCUUCUACGUCUUGACGGGCUUCGAAGUAUUUUAGUUUUUUUUUUGUUGUUGUUGAAAGGAGUUUUUUUUCCAAUGGAAGUAUUGUCCUUCCAAAAAGAACUUUUUAGGGGUUAGCUUGUGUUUGGGAGUUGAGUUUUGGGUCCAAUACCCUUGUAAAUUACCUGUCCAUUGUGGAGCAUUCUUCUCAAAAGUAGACAAGGGUAAAUGAAACUUUGUUUCCAAACAGGGCUUAACGGAAACGGAGAAGAGGUUUUGCGGUGUUUCUGGAGAGGUUUUCGUGGGGUCUCGUUUACCAUCUGCCGGGAAAAAGAUUUACUUUUUAUUUUAUUUUUUUGCAGAUUAUUGCUGUGGUUGGGCAGCCUCGGAACAGUUUCGGCUGAUAAAAUGGAGUCGCAUGAUGGCGUGGCUGAUGACUUGCCACCACCACCACCUCUGCCGCCAAGCAUAGAGCCUCUUAAACCUGAGGAAGCUGAUGACUUGCCACCUCCACCACCACUACCACCAAACGUUGAGCCUAUUAAAGUUGAGGAUGCAAAGAAGCCUAGGAGGACGCUGAUCUCACGUCCUGGGUUUGGCAAGAAUGGGAAGCCGAUACAGCUUGUGACAAACCAUUUUAAAGUUUCCUUGAAAACAACUGAUGAGUUCUUUCACCAUUAUUAUGUAAAUCUGAAGUAUGAGGAUGACAGGCCAGUUGAUGGAAAAGGAGUGGGUAGAAAAGUCAUUGAUAAGCUACAACAAACUUAUGCAUCUGAGCUUGCGCAUAAAGAUUUUGCUUAUGAUGGGGAAAAGAGUCUUUUUACCAUAGGUGCUCUACCACAAGUUAACAAUGAGUUCGUUGUGGUGCUUGAAGAUGUUUCUAGUGGAAAGACUGCUGCAAAUGGCAGCCCUGGAAAUGACAACUCUCCAGGAAGUGAUAGGAAAAGAGUCAGAAGGCCAUAUCAGACUAAAACUUUUAAAGUGGAGCUCAACUUUGCUUCUAGGAUUCCAAUGAGUUCUAUCGCGAUGGCUCUGCAAGGUCAGGAAUCAGAGCACACGCAGGAAGCAAUUCGGGUUAUUGAUAUCAUAUUGAGACAACACGCCGCCAAGCAGGGUUGCCUUUUAGUCCGCCAAUCCUUUUUCCAUAACAAUCCAUCACAAUUUGUGGAUCUGGGAGGCGGUGUAAUGGGCUGCAGGGGAUUUCACUCAAGCUUCCGAGCCACAAAGAGCGGGCUUUCUCUUAAUAUUGAUGUAUCUACAACAAUGAUUGUGAAACCUGGCGCUGUCGUUGAUUUUCUAAUUGCCAACCAGAAGGUAGAUCACCCCAAUAAAAUUGAUUGGGCAAAGGCUAAGCGUGCACUGAAGAAUCUAAGGAUAAAAACAAGUCCAGCAAACACAGAAUUUAAGAUUGUUGGACUGAGUGAAAGGAACUGUUAUGAACAAAUGUUUUCACUGAAGCAAAGGAAUAAUGGGAAUGGUGACUCUGAAGCCAUAGAAAUAUCUGUUUAUGAUUACUUUGUGAAGAAUCGGGGCAUAGAGCUAAGAUAUUCUGGUGAUUUCCCCUGUAUCAAUGUGGGGAAACCAAAGCGCCCAACAUAUUUUCCUAUUGAGCUCUGCUCGCUUGUGCCUUUGCAAAGAUAUACCAAGUCUUUAAGUACUCUCCAAAGGUCCUCUCUUGUCGAGAAGUCGAGGCAGAAGCCUCAAGAAAGGAUGUCUGUUUUGUCUGAUGUACUUAAACGCAGCAGCUAUGACACAGAUCCCAUGCUAAAGGCAUGUGGAAUUUCGAUAGCUCAAGGUUUUACGCAAGUGCCUGGUAGGGUACUGCAGCCCCCCAAGCUCAAAGCUGGAAAUGGUGAAGAUAUUUUCACAAGGAAUGGCCGAUGGAAUUUCAAUAACAAGAGGCUUGUUAGAGCUAGCUGUGUGGAAAGAUGGGCAGUGGUUAACUUUUCGGCACGGUGUAACUGCAAUGAUCUUGUUCGAGACCUCAUCAAGUGUGGAGGCAUGAAGGGCAUUAAAGUAGAUCAGCCUUUUGACGUGUUUGAAGAGAAUUCUUCAAUGAGAAGAGCACCUGCUCCAAAAAGGGUGGAGGCUAUGUUUGAAACAGUGAAGACAAAGCUUCCUGGAGCACCUAAGUUUUUGUUGUGUAUCCUUGCUGAGAGGAAGAAUUCAGAUGUUUAUGGGCCUUGGAAGCGAAAAUGUCUAGCUGAAUUUGGGAUUGUCACACAAUGUGUGGCCCCAACUAGGGUCAAUGACCAAUAUCUGACAAAUGUCCUGCUAAAAAUAAAUGCAAAGCUUGGUGGGAUGAAUUCUUUGCUGCAAAUUGAACUGUCCCCUGCAAUCCCUCUUGUAUCAAAGGUCCCAACUAUGAUUUUGGGCAUGGAUGUGUCCCAUGGGUCCCCUGGACAGGCUGAUACACCAUCUAUUGCUGCAGUCGUUAGUUCUCGUGAAUGGCCUCUUGUCUCAAAGUACAGGGCCUCAGUGCGUUCUCAGUCACCAAAAUCAGAAAUGAUUGAUUCACUGUUUAAGCCACAAGGAACUGAAGACGAUGGCCUUAUUAGGGAGUGCCUAAUAGACUUCUAUACCAGUUCUGGAAAAAGAAAACCUGAUCAGAUUAUAAUCUUCAGGGAUGGUGUUAGUGAGAGCCAAUUUACUCAGGUGCUAAACAAGGAGUUAGAUCAAAUAAAUGAGGCAUGCAAAUUCUUGGAUGAAAGUUGGUCCCCCAAAUUCACACUAAUUGUUGCGCAGAAAAACCACCACACAAAGUUUUUCAUCCCUGGAUCACCGGAUAAUGUCCCUCCCGGCACUGUUGUUGAUAACGUAGUUUGCCAUCCAAAGAACUAUGAUUUCUACAUGUGCGCACAUGCAGGAAUGAUAGGAACAACAAGGCCAACACAUUACCAUAUCCUGCAUGAUGAUAUACACUUUACCGCAGAUGAUCUGCAGGAUCUCGUGCACUCGCUCUCUUAUGUGUACCAAAGAAGCACAACGGCCAUAUCAGUAGUCUCUCCAAUCUGCUAUGCCCAUCUUGCUGCUGCCCAAGUGUCACAGUUCGUCAAGUUUGAUGAGAUGUCUGAGACGUCUUCAAGUCAGGGAGGCGGAGGCCACACCUCUGCAGGCAGCACCCCAGUGCAAGAGCUGCCUCGCCUGCACGAGAAAGUCAGGAGCUCCAUGUUCUUCUGUUGAAGCAGCUGCCUGUCUCUGGGCUUCUUCUGGUGGAUGGUUGGUCUUUGAUGUUAAAUCUGUAGCGGUCGUCGUAACCUGUAACACCUGGUCCUUGGGAUGUUUCCUUUUGCUGGUUGCCGCACUUGGUGCCUCAGUACCUUUGGAUUCUGCCGUUAGGAUGUGUUGAACCUUUACUUCUGAACCUUAUGAUUUGCUUUGUGUU